UUGUAUUAUGAAGAGAACCCUAAACCUUUGAAUCUUAAAAAUAAAAAAGACGAGACAGAUAUUAACCCAUCGCCAUGAUUAAAUACAAGCCCGAGAUAGACUUUCCCGAGGUCUACAAGGUCUGUCAGUUGUUCACACCCAACGAUGAUGACCUGGUGAAGGUUAGGGAUCUCAUGGAACGUGAGAUCAAAAUGGGACUUAGCCGCGAUAAUCACGAUCGCUCAACGGUUCCGUGUCAUUUGAGCUUUGUCAAGGAAUUGCCAACGGGACGGGAACGUGGCCGUUUCCUGGCCAUCGAAAUGAUGCCCACCAAUUGCCGGAUAAUGUUGGUCAAAUUCAGCAGCGAGAGGGAUAUAUACACCAGUUCCAGAUGCGUGAUCAUACCGCACACUAUAAAGGCGGGCAAGGGUACCGAGAUAUUUACCUAUUUGGCCGGCAUCCUUGUCAAUUUUGUAAAGGAAAAGAAAGUGGAUAAGGAUAAUCUACCGCUGGGAAUAUCCUUUGGUUUUACUCUCAACAAAUUGGCUUUGGAUAUUGGCUUCCUAGUGUCCUGGACCAAAGAGUUCGGUGCUCAUGGUGUCAUUGGCAAGGAUGUGGUUAAAUUGUUACGCGAUGCUCUGGCUAAAUAUCCGGAAGUAUCUAUCGAUGUGAUGGGCAUCAUUAAUGUGGCAGCUGGAUCCUUGCUGGCCCUCUGCUGGGCCCAACCGGACACAAGAAUUGGUCUGAUAAUGGGCAGCAUUGCCAACUCGUGCUAUGUGGAGCGAUUGGAUAAAUGUGAAAUGUACCAGGGAGAGGAGGAUCCCAAAGGGGUCAUGAUUAUCAACUCGGAUUGGGCACACUUUGGCGACGGCGGGCAGUUGGACUUUCUGCGCAAUGAAUUCGAUAAGCAAAUGGAUGUUGAAUCCAUUAAUCCGGGCAUACGGUUAUAUGAGAAAUUCAGUGGAGCUCUCAGCGUGGGCGAGUUGGUUCGCAUUGUACUUUACCAUCUCAUGCAAAAGGGUGCCAUCUUUGAGGGAGAACGACGUGACUAUGUGGCUAUUCAAUGGAAGCUGGACAUGGUCUCUGUGAUGGAACUGGCAUCCGAUCCGCCAGGUAGCUGGACCAGGGCCCAGCAGGUAAUGGACAAAUUCCGUAUACAUCAGUGCAAGGACCGGGAUAUGGCCGCUCUGCGUUAUAUUUGCACUAAGAUCUCUGAUCGUGCCGCCAUGCUGGUAUCCAGCGGUGUUUCCGCACUCAUCAAUCGCAUGGCUCAGCAAAAAAUCUCCAUUGCCGUCGAUGGUGGCAUUUAUCGCCUGUUUCCAUCUUAUGCUGCAUCCCUCAACAAGUACACCGCACAGCUAACAAAUCCAAAAUAUAAAUUCGAAUUCGUUGUCACCCAGGAUAGCUCCGGUGUCGGAGCGGCCAUUAUGGCCGGAAUGGCUCAUGCCACCAAAUACAAGACAGAUACCAAACUGAUCGUUAUGGACUACUAGAGCGAAAGGGGUCAAUAAAUCGGGCAAGGCAAAUACUGAAUAGUUUGUUUAAUAA